AGAUUUAAUGCAUUAUGUGUGCGAUAAAAAGCAAUACCGGGACAAACUCAAUAGUGAACAUUACUUGACUCGAAAACUAAUCGCCCCUUAUCAUCUAUAAGCAGUUAUCGUCGGAUGAUGCAUUAUUUGUCUAACGCGAGUAUGUUUGGAUCGCUUGCCGAUGGAUCAUUGUCGAUUAUAGGCCAAGGAAGAUCGUUUGGAAAAUUGAAGCAAUCGCCUAAGGGAGAAAUCGCGACCAUGAAUAGAGCCAAGGAAUUGCAAUGCCCUCGGAGGCAAACGGCCAACGCCACAUCCUGCCCCGGACAAGAUGUGCGUCCCAAUCUUAUCGCCGAGCAAGAUUCUGACAGGGAGGAUUUCGAGCUCGGAGCUUAUGGUUACGGGAAGAACAACGUGAAGCUACUGUACGUGCAUCGCGAAAAUUCACUGCGUCACGAGAUCAGGGAGUACGAGAUCGACGUGCACCUGCGGCUGGGCACGCAAAAGGAUUACGUGAAGGGUGAUAAUCGGGACAUAAUCGCCACCGACAGCCAAAAGAACACGAUAUAUGUCAUGGCGAAGAAACACGGCGUCAAAUGUCCCGAGGAGUUCGGGAUUCUCCUCUGCUCGCACUUCCUCAACCAAUACAAGCACGUGGAGGAGGUUAACGUGAACGUCGAGGAGUAUCCCUGGUCGAGGCACGAGGUCGACGGGGCUCCUCAUAAUCACGCCUUUGUCUUCACACCCACUGUGACGAGAUAUUGCCAAGUGACACAACUGCGAAACGGAUCGCCUAGAAUUCGCGGAGGAUUGAAAAAUCUUCGAGUACUCAAAACAACGAAAAGUUCAUUUACCGAUUUUAUUCAAGAUGACUAUCGCACAUUGCCCGAUGCUAAUGAUCGUAUCUUCAGUACCACAGUCACAGCUUCUUGGCAAUUCUCAACUGCCUUGGGAGUUAAUUUUGACGAUGUUUGGCUAACAGUUAAGGAUUGUAUUUUAGAGAAUUUCGCCGGGCCACCGGCAACCGGUGUCAACUCGCCCAGUGUACAAAAUACGCUCUAUCUCACUGAAAAGUCCGUUCUCAGCAAAGUCAAUCAGAUUUGUAGCAUUGAAAUGAGGAUGCCGAAUAAGCACUAUUUCGACAUAGAUAUGAGCAGAUUUUCCAAAUUGGUGACAGGCGAGAAUAAAGAAGUUUAUUUACCAGUGGAUAAGCCGUCCGGAAUUAUUUACGCCCAAUUGAAGCGCAAAGACAUAACGUCCAAGCUUUGAUUUCAAUUUAUAUUCAAUUUUAUAUGAUAAUCGCGCGCCCCCAAACGUCCUUGAAAUACAGCAGUAUUCCAUUUUUAAUCACGUUCACGAGUUUUCUUCAAGAACUUUAGGAUCAUCGCUGCGUUAAAUUAAUUUAAUUAUCAUAAUGUCACAUCCUAUUAUCAUUACUUAUGUAUUAUGACCUCACCUUGGGUUAUAUUAAAGUUGCGAACGCGUAUUUUAAUGUAAGACGAAUGUUGUCACCGAAUACAGUCACCGAAAAGUGUUCCGCCAAUCUACCUCACAGUGAAUAAAGAAGAACAAAAGAAAAAGUGAAAAUGAGAUAAUGGUCACAAUUACCUUCACUACCGAGCAUUCGAGCGAUACGCAUACAUUCAUAUUCAAGUCACGCAGUUUAGGGAAUAUCCUACUCCCGGUGGCUUGGAUUCUCACGCGCGCGCGAGAGAGCUUCGCCACCGCCGCCGCUACCGC